ACUUAAAGACGUUAUAAAGAACAGACGAAAGAGAGUAAACGAUGUAUGCGCACGCGUCAAAAGUGUGUCCAAGAAGACAACGACAGUGUUUGGUAUAAAGGCGGCAAACUUGUCUUACUGUGUAGUGCAGAAAGCCGGGUGUACCAUGUGGAUAAGGCUGUUUAUGUUCUUGGAAGGGCAGAAUGUCGAGACAGGGAACCCGAUGACACUCACUAAAUAUAUGAUUCAUAAAAAGAUACAUUACCCCGAAAAAGUGACGCAAACUGGCGAUGGCGCUAGCUUUAUUUCAAAUUCGGUUAGAGCUAUGACCGUUCGCAGCCCAUAUACCCGACUGUGGUCAGUCUUUAUUGACAAGUUCUUGCUACCUGACUUUUGGCUAAAAAAAGGAAAACAUAUUAUAAGAAUGAUACGAAAAAAUCCGAAGCCACUGUCAACCAAAUGUGGACAUGAUGUCACUUUUCCGGAAUUCAUUCAAUACGUAACAAUGAGACAUAAUUCUUCAUACUUGAAUCAGAACAGGCAUUGGUUACCGGCUAGUGAUAUUUGCGAUCCAUGUGUUUUUAACCCUCAUAUUAUUAGUAAACAGGAAUCCUUUAUGGAUGACAUGAAAUACACUCUGAAACAUGUAAAAUUAGAUUAUCUGUUACCUAAAAUAUCGUCAGUUGAUCCCAUAGAAUUUGAAAUAAAAGAUGAAAUAGACUACAACUUUAAGAUAUUCUCAAGUGUUAAAAAUUGUAUAGAUAUUUAUGAAUUGGGCAAAAGAAUAUGGACGGCAUUUAUUUUUAAUGGUUACCUCCCCUCAGAAGAAGCCUUCCCAAGAUAUAUUGAUCAAUAUAGUUUGAACAUAAACUCAUUUUAUGAGCUUGUCAAAGGCGUGAGAACAAAAUACAAUAUUACUAAGGCGGAUGUCAAAAUGAAACGAAAGCAUGCUCUUGUAGCGGCGUACAAACAAAUCUCAGACAAAAGCAUGAACGAUCUAAAACGUUUGUACAAAAUGGACUUUAAACUGUUUGGUUAUGAACCUGAACCUGAAUUUCUAGACGAAUGAAUAUAAAUACACACACAUCAUAAUGCCAUGCUCAGAUUCAACAUAGUCAGUUUAAGAAAUAAUAUAUCCUAAAGAGUGGUUUCUCGUUGCAUAAAGUUUGCCUGUUUUGUGUGAGCUUUUCCUUUGCCCUGCUUUGACGUGUGAUGCUAUGACGUAAUAAAUUGCUUGCUGAAGAUAGGGUAAGUGCGAGGUUGGCAUGCCCUAAAUGCGUUUAAUCCCAAGAUCAAUUUAUAAAGGUUACUGACCGUUCCAAGGCGUUGAAUCUGUUUCCAAUUUUUACUUUUGCUUGCUUAAUAGGAAAACAAAAAGGUCUCUGUUAGAAAGUGUUAGAAGGUGAAAUGUCUAAAGUGAACUUUUAUUUGUACAUUUUCUGGCACAAUGAAAAGCGCAUCGGCAGUAACUGUUGCCAUAGACACUCGAAGCCAUUUGGUAUUGGAACCAUGGGAACAGGCAGUUGUAUGAGUAGUUAGAAAGAAGAUAGGAAGUCACUUUUACGCUACAUUAUUAAA